CCCUGCCGUCACGGCUGCAUUCGGAAUGAGGCAACCCGUCACAUAGCUCCUCUUGCUGUAUUGCAAGGAUUAGCUGCAUUUUUACUGAAUGUGGUGACGUCUAUCAGUAUGGGUAAGAGAUCAAGAGACCUUGGUAGAAAGUACCCAAGUGGGAGUAAGAAAAGAGCCAUCUACAAGGCAAAGGGAGUUGAAAGACAGAAGCAAAAAGCUGUGUUAAUCAAGUAUUUUAGCAGACCUGAUUCUGCUGUUGAGCCAGAAGUGCUCAGUGAAGAUGCAGAUAUGGCUGAAAAUCCUCCAGCAGAACAUACGACGCAGACAGAGAAUGACAGCAGUGGCGAAGAAUUUGAAGAGCCAAAUCGGUCUGAAGAGGACUGUCACGGUGAAGAGAAGACUACAAAAAGGGCUGGAACUGAUGCUGAAGGUGCUGAGGGUCAAGAGUGCUGUUCUGAUAAUCAAGAUGCAGGUGGUUUAGAUCCAGAGCAGAAAGGCAACUUCAACUCUGCUGACCAGAUAGAAAUAUCUGAUGAUCCCGCAACUUGGCCAGAAUACAUUAGCCAGCGUCUCAGAGAGUAUUUAGUCAAACAAGGGCCGCCUAAAAUUAUUGUAGAAGAUUUCCCUAAAAAUAAGAUUGGGAAACACUUUUCAAAGUUUCACUGCAAAAGGAAACUUUCAAAUGGUGAAAUUGUACCUCGUCCAUGGGUGAUCUACUCAGUGUCAGCCGACAAGAUCUUUUGUUAUUACUGUAAGAUUUUGUGCAAUAAUGUGACAAGUUCAUUAGCAUCUAAUGGUUUUAAUGACUGGUCUAAUACUCAUAUGAGAUUGGCUGAGCACGAAAACUCAAAAGGACAUUUACACGCUGUGCUUAGUUGCUGCGACCUUCAGCAAAGGUUAUCUGCCGAAAAAGCCACUGACGCAAUACAACCAAAACUUACUGACCAAGAAGCAAAACACUGGCAUCAAGUUUCCGAGAGACUAGUCGCUGUCGUUCAGUUGCUAGCAGAACGAAACUUACCAUUUUAUGGGUCUGAUGAACAGCUGGGAACAUCAUACAAUGGAAAUUUUCUUGGACUGAUUGAAUUACUGGGAAAGUUUGACCCAGUGAUGCAGGAACAUUUACAAAGAAUCAAGAACAAAGAAAUACAAGAUCAUUAUUUAGGAAACAACAUUCAAAAUGAACUUAUUAGUAUUGUAGGGAAUGCUGUUAAACAUGAAAUAAUAGCUCGAGUUAAGGCUGCUAAGUAUUUUGCUAUUAUACUCGACUGCACUUCUGACAUUAGUCACCAAGAACAAAUGUCAUUGACAAUUAGAUAUGUGGCUGAUGGUGUAUCACCAAAUAUUCCAGCAGGAGUAUAUGAACAUUUCAUUAAGUUCAUAGUAGUAGAAAGCAGCACAGGUGAAUAUUUGUACAAUAUCCUUCUAAGUGAACUCAAAGACCUGGGAUUGGACAUUGCCAAUAUCCGUGGGCAGGGUAUGACAACGGUGCAAAUAUGAAGGGAAACAUAUCAGGUGCACAAGCACGACUUUUGAAAACAAACCCAAGAGCUUUUUUUACACCAUGUGCACGUCGCAACUAUAAUCUCAUUUUGGGAGACGUGGCCAAAACAUGUCCUGAUGUGAUGAGUUUCUUUGGAGCCGUGCAAUGUAUUUACGUCCUUUUUUCUGCAUCUACUAAAAGAUGGACUGUUUUUAGAAAACAUGUUACUGGCCUUUCGGUAAAGCCUCUUUGCGAAACACGAUGGGAAUGUAGAAUGCAAAGCGUCAAAGCUCUGCGGUACCAAGCAGGGGAGUUUUAUGAUGCACUCGUAGAGGUAGCAGAAACAAUGGAUGAUGCUCA